UAAAUUAAACUAAUAACUAGAUGAUGUCAGUAGCUAAGAAAAAUAGUUAGGUAACAACUAACUAUAUAUAUGUACAUAUUUAGCUAAACCUAGCUAAAUUACAAAGACAAUUGAAGAUGACUACACCAACCCAAAUGUCUGAGGAAUUAGAAGCCAAUUACCUUUUUGCGAUGAAAUUAGCUAGUGCUACAGUACUGCCUAUGGUUCUCAAAACCGCGUUGGAGCUAGGCCUCUUGGAGAUCAUAGUUAUGGCGGGUCCUGGCGCGUUCCUUUCACCUUCCAACAUUGUAGCACAACUUCCGACAAAGAACCCUAACGCCCCGGUGAUGUUGGACCGGAUGCUGAGAUUACUGGCGAGCUACAACGUGCUCACUUACUCGAUUCGUGAUGGGGAAAGGCUCUAUGGAAUGACUCCACUUAGCAAAUUCUUAACCAAGAAUGAAGGUGGAUUGUCCAUUGCUCCUUUGUGUCACAUGGAUCAAGAUAAGGUUAUUAUAGACUGUUGGUACCACAUGAAAGAUGCAGUACUUGAUGGAGGAAUACCUUUCAACAAAGCACAUGGAAUGCCAAUAUUUGAAUACACUCAAAGAGAUCAAAGGUUGAAUAAGAUUGUCAACAGAGCAAUGUCUACCCUCUCCACCAUUAUCAUGAAAAAUAUCCUCGAAACUUACAAUGGUUUCAAGGGUCUUAACUCGAUUGUCGAUGUUGGUGGUGGUACUGGAGCUACUCUUAGCAUGAUUAUUGCUAAGUACCCUUCUAUUAAAGGCAUUAACUUCGAUUUGCAUCAUGUCAUCCAACAUGCACCUCCAUUGCCUGGUGUAGAGCAUGUUAGCGGAGACAUGUUUGUAAGUGUACCAAAAGGAGAUGCAAUUUUCAUGAAGCGGAUUUGCCAUGAUUGGAGUGAUGAAGAGUGCUUGAAAUUGUUAAAGAAUUGCUAUGAUGCAUUGGAUGAUGAUGGAAAAGUGAUUGUAGAAGAGUUGAUUGUUCCUGCUGCACCAGAUUCCAGCCCCUCCACUAAGAAUAGUUUCCAUUAUGAUAUCCUCAUGAUGGUUAAUCUCAAUGGCAAAGAGAGAACACAAAAGGAGUAUGAACAAUUGGCCAUGGAAGCUGGCUUUAAAGCCUUCAAAAUCCAUUGCAUUGCUUUCAAUUCCUAUAUCAUGGAGUUUCUCAAGACCACUAACUAAUAAUAAUAAUAUUCAUCUUUUAUAUAUAAAUAUUUAUUGCUUUAAAAUAAAUAAACAAAAAUAAAUGCAAUAAUAAUAAGAUAUUUUCUUUUUUUAUUAUUAUUAUUAGUAGUAGUACUAUUGCCAUUAAUAUUGCCACUUGUGUUGAUGUUGUGAAUAAAAAAAAAAAAGUUUUUAUGCUAUCAAAAUAAAAA